AUGGAUUUAGUCAACCACUUGAACGACAGAUUGCUGUUCGCCAUCCCAAAAAAGGGACGUCUUAAUGAAAAAGCCGUUUCUAUUUUGCAAGGGUCCGAUAUCAGAUUCCACCGUUCCCAGCGUCUUGACAUCGCCCUUUCUACCAACAUGCCUAUAGCCUUGAUUUUCUUGCCAGCGUCGGAUAUUCCAAUGUUUGUGGGCGAAGGUAAGUGCGACUUGGGUAUUACCGGUGUGGACGAAGUCAAGGAGUCGGAAGUCGAUGUCAAUCUAGCGCUAGACCUUCAAUUCGGCGCUUGCAAACUGCAGGUCCAGGUGCCAGCCGACGGGCCUUACAAGAAGCCAGAACAACUGAUCGGAAAGACCAUUGUUUCAAGUUUCACCCACCUAUCUAAACAGUACUUUGCAGAGCUCGAGGGCGUUCCUGUAGACCAAAUUUCCACUAAAAUCAAAUACGUGGGAGGCUCUGUGGAAGCGUCGUGCGCGCUAGGCAUCGCCGAUGCCAUCGUGGACUUGGUGGAAUCGGGUGAAACCAUGCGUGCUGCGGGCUUGACCAACAUCGCUACUGUCCUAGAGACAAGCGCCCACUUGAUAGAGUCCAAGAACCCCAAGGGCGACAAAGAACUGUUGCAAACCAUCAAGUCGAGAAUCGAGGGUGUCAUGACCGCCCAGAGAUACGUUUCUUGCCAAUACAAUGUUCCUACCUCGUGUCUUCCUGAAGUGCUCAAGAUCACUCCCGGAAGAAGAGCUCCUACGAUUUCUCAAAUCGACGAUGCCGGCUGGGUGGCCGUUUCUGCAAUGAUUGAGAGGAAGCAGAAGGGAACGGUCAUGGACGAGCUCAAGAAACAAGGCGCUGCCGACAUCAUGGUCUUCGAGAUUUCCAACUGCCGUGUCUAA